GGCUGGAGCCACCUCGACGGGUCAAAUUUAAUCACACUCACAUCGAACCAACUUAACGAUGGUCUACACGCGCCCCUCCAACAUUCCGCUACCAACGGUGUGGCACCGUUUCACCGCCAGAGGCACCAAACUUAGAAUCCAGGAUCUUACGAAUGAGCAGUUAGAGCCAGCUGUCCAGCUCCUAGUCAAGUAUUUCACAGCGGACGAGCCACCGUGCAAGUAUAUAGAGAUCCAAAAGUAUCCGGCAGCGUUAGCUGAACUGGAGAAGCUUUGGCGAGACACGAUCAAGGACAGGGUCUCGGUUGUCUGCGUGGAAGAUAAAGACGACGCGACGGAGAUCAUUGGAGUCAACGUGCUCACUGUCGCUUCGAAGAGUGACAAGGAUGAAGUAUUUAAGACGGCUGAUAAGAUAUGGGCGAAGCUCUUCGGUGCGGUGGACUUAGUGAGCCGUAGUGUGGACAUCUUCACUAGGUUCGGUGUAGAGCAGUACUUGACAGCAUACGGGCUGGUGGUCGAUCCUAAGUGGAGGGGAUGCGGUAUCGGCAAAGAAAUAUUACUGGCAAGGAUUCCUCUCUGCAAGGCGAUCGGCGUAAAAGUAACAGCGACCGUGUUUACCGCCGUCGCAUCCCAAGCUGUCGCCAAGAAAGCUGGUUUCCAAGAUCUCUACCAAAUUUCAUACGAGGACCUGGCUAAAGAGGGCUUCAGAUUUCCUGGAGUAGAGCAGGAUACGAAAUAUUCAAAACUGAUGGCUUUGGAAAUUCAUUGA